UUUGCAUUUGAUUGCUGUUUGUCAACCAAUGGCCUGAGUGUGCAAGCCGGAGACUAUUCCACACGCCUACGUGUGUCUAUGCGUGUGGAUGUAUGUGCGCGUGUGUGUAUCCGCGAUCCGGGCUCUCACAUCGACACCCAAUCUCCGAAAACACAAUUACACGCCAAAGCUGAAGGUCGCCGUAAAUACCAUGCAGUCACAUGCAACGAGUUUACUUGUAACAGAUAAACACGAGAGCCGUCGCUCUUCUUUUUGUUUGCGGGGCUUUUUUAACCCCUUGUGUGUCAUUUAGGGGAGUCAGGGAAAAUCAGGAAUGCUUCUUCCGGUCCCAAAGAGUGAAAGAAACGAGCGGAAGUCGAAGUGGUUUUUGUAGACCGUCAACCUGGUCUUGUAUCUCUACUUGUGGUUCCACUGGCAGCCUCACAUCCAUCUCUUUCAUCAAGACAAGUGAAAAGUCUGCGUCUCAAGAAUAGGACCGAUUUCGUUUCCCCUCCAGGAAAAUCACCAUCGCCCUCAGCAAUCUCCAAUCAGCUGCGAGCCACUGGCGUGAUUCGCAAUUGCUUUCUGUGGACAGAAAGGUUGACCAUCAUCUCCAGACAAAGUCUCAACUGGUGCUCCCUCAGUGGGGGAGGGAGGGGAAGCUAGGCACUUGCUUUUAAACACUGUGCCGCUCGCCACAGAGAUGAAGCUGCAGGCCGUCAUGGAGAACCUGCACAGGCAGCAAAGGGCCAAGCUGUUGAUGGAGCAGCAGCUUCAGCAGCAAGCAGCUGUCCAGCACUCUCACGUCCGCCCAGGUGGGGUAGCGGGGGAUGACUCGAUAAGCAGUCCGGCCCCUGAGACGGAGCAAGCCCAGUUGGUGGCCCUGGCAGCCAUGCGUGCUGCGGCGGCCGGGUUACAGAGGGUGUCGGACAGCCACAUGUCGGAGCGCGGCAGCGGCAGUGAGGAGGAAGCUGACGAAGACGACAACGAACGAGAGGAACAAUACAAAGACAUGAUGGGGUCGGAUGAAGAGGAACAGAUCAAACAAAAGUGGGAUGAGGAGGACUUUGAAGGCGAGAUGGAAGAAGAUUUUGAUGAUGACCUCGCGGAGGAAGGUCUGCCCACAGGCCACAAUGCACUGGUGCCUGGGAAAGGUAUCCUCCUGCUGCCCCACCGCCAGCUCCACCCUCACUCGCAGCUGCUGAAGGCUCGGCCCAGUGUUGACCAAGAGCCCCGCAUAGCCAACUUGCCUCCCCACGCCACACACAGCCAUCUGGGCCAAGACCACGGAGAAUGGACCUACGAGGAGCAGUUCAGACAACUGUAUGAAUUGGAUGGAGACCCAAAGAGGAAAGAGUUUCUUGAUGACCUCUUCAGCUUCAUGCAGAAAAGAGGAACCCCUGUGAAUCGUAUUCCCAUCAUGGCCAAGCAGGUCCUGGAUCUGUACAUGCUCUACAGGCUGGUGACGGAGAAGGGGGGCCUGGUGGAGGUCAUCAACAAGAAACUGUGGAGGGAGAUCACCAAGGGACUUAAUCUGCCUACCUCAAUCACCAGUGCGGCCUUCACCCUGCGCACACAAUACAUGAAGUACCUGUACCCAUAUGAAUGUGACAAGAGGGGUCUGAGCAACCCCAACGAACUCCAGGCCGCCAUCGACAGCAAUCGACGGGAAGGCAGACGACAGAGCUUCGGCGGCUCCCUCUUCACAUACUCCCCCAACGGGACACCCACCAUGCUGUCUUCGCCAAAGCUCUCCACACCCACCAUGGGUUUGACUGUAGCCACCAAUGGGGCCUCGCUCACCCCCAUCCAGAAGAUCAAGAAGGAAGAAGAGGGCGGACAACCUUUCCAUGGAGUCGGUGUGCCUCGCAUGCCAGUGGGAGCCCUGGCGAGUCACUCGGUGGCUGCCGCCGCGGCAGCCCAGGCGGCGAUGGCAGCUCAGGUUGCGGCGUUGGAACAGCUGAGGGACAAACUGGAGGCCGGCGAGCCGCCCGAGAAGAAGAUGGCGCUGCCAGCAGAGGAGCAUCAACGACUCCUGCAAAGAGCACUGCAACACAACUUGCUGGCAAUGACAGCCCAGAUACCGAUGAACAUCCGCAUCAACCAACAAGACGGCAGGCAGGACUCUGCCAUGAACCUCACGACCAACAGUACAAACAGCAUAAGCAUGUCAGUCGAGCUCAACGGAGUCGUGUACGCUGGUGUCCUUUUUGCUCAGGCACCAGCUGGGUCAGCCCCAUCAGGGGCGUCCCUCUCCAGCAAGCCUGUUGGCAGUCGUGUCUCUCCUCAUUUGCAGCAGCAGACCAUACCUACCUCAACCUCCAGCAACCCAGUGUCUUAACAAACCCUCAGCCCCCCCCCCCCACUCCCCUUUUUUAAACCAAGCUACAUAAAGCCAAAAAAAACCCAACAACAACAAAAAACACAACAACCUCAUUUUCUAUACAGUCCACGCCAAAAAGAGAAAGCAAACACAAAGACACAAACGAACGCAAUCACUUGAAAUACACUCUCAGGUUCUGUCAUCAACUCACUUCUUUUGUUCUUCAUAUCGCCACAAUGAUUUUGGGGGAAAAUAUCCCAACAGAGAGCCAGUAUAUGUUAAACAAAACAAUAUGUAUGUACAUCCUGUGAAUUAUUUAUUUCUACAUACGUGUUCAGCUUCUGGACGAACAAAAGAGAAGUGAAUAAGCAGGGAGGGCUAAUGCACUGUUUACACGUAACAAACACAGCUACUGACUGACAGCAAGGUUUCAUCCUCUCGGGGAGAGAUUCUUUUUGUUUGACCUUUUACUUGUUGUUUAUUGUUAUUUUGACCUUCGGGAUAGUGUUUUAUCCUUUAAAUCUUGAUCAAUGCCAUCACGGCAGGAAAACAUUGAUAUAUUUCGAAUUCUAUCAAAAGAGUACAAAAUAUCCUCUAUUUUUAAUCAGAAAGCCUUGAAAAGUAUAUGCCGUUUCUGUGAGCUACUUGUGUGCAAACCAGAUACCUAAUGAACACAGCAGCCGUUGUAGAGCAGUCUAGAUGAACGUAUUUGGCGACCAGAUGACGUGAUAGCUCAACAUCCCUGCUGGACUCAUGCAUUGUCCUCCUUUUUUUUUCCCCGCCGCUAGGCCGGUUCCACGAUGUCAAAGCUAGCUCGGUAUGCUUCGCCAUUCUCAACUUUUGCUAUGGCUGCACUUCAGCAUGCUUCGGCGUUGAUACGCAUCCUCAUAACGUUCUUGCCAGCUUCACGACGUGAAGGAUACUCAGAUCGCUCUCAGGAGUCCACACAACUGCAAUGCUUUCGGCGUCUGUACAGGAAGAUCAAUUUGUAUCUUGAUUUUCUGUUCUUAACUCGUUUUUCUCGUGAGGUGAUUGUCUUAAGGUCAGAUGCAUGCCUGUGUUUGUGGAUCAAGCCUGAAGGGAAACGGAUUUCCUUUCAGGAGUUCACAGGACCUGUCUAUCCACUUGAUCCUUGUUGUCGUGAAGACCCUCGUUCGGACAAUCAGGUGUCGGGAGGCGUGCUCACUGCGUCUCAGAGGAGCUGAUGUAGUUAAAUUUAGAUCUGGCGCUUUCUUGUUGUGUUUUUGUGUUAUAGAUGUCAGAUACGUAUAAAUAUAUCAAUAUAUUUGGUGUGUGUUUUGUUAAACAGGACUUUGUGCGUCUCAUCUAAGUGCUUCUUACCCUUAUCCUGCUGUUUGGAGGACCGGGUCAUCCUCAGAUUUCCGAGAUUAAUCAUAUAACUUGUGUUACCUCUGCAGUGGUUGUCAACUGCCGGCCACACUACGCCAAACAACCUCAUUCCUCCCGACGAUCGGGUGUGAACCAUGCUUCGCUGAUAAGUUCUUUUUCAGAGGCCUUGAACAGUCCGAGAUAAACAUUUGUCACUUUUUUUCUGUUCUGAGCAAAUAUUAUCAGCUGCUUUCGCUUUGAUCAGAGCCUUGCUUUUCUGCCUCGGGUCACGACCGGCUGCUAAACAAACGUGUCUGAGAAAACGCUGUGCCGCUCACGCUGUGAUUGUACUGUAUAAUCUCACUUCCCCGGUUGGACAAAAUGGAAUUCACACAGGAGUAUUAUGGACCUACUGAAGAGGGAGGGGGAAAAAAAAGAAUACUGUAAUGUGAGGAUAAGGUGAUAUGAUUACGAGAGCAAUGUCAAAGUAGAAUGGGGAAGGAAAAAAAAAACAACCUUGAAAACAUUUAAGAGGUUCUGGUUCAAAUCUCGGCUCAGUCCCAGUAUGGAGUUUUGUAUGUUUCUCCUUGUGUUUGCCUGAGUUUUCUAAACGCAUUCACAUUCCAAAAGCAUACUUGUUAGAUUCAUCCGUCGCUCUUAAAAUGAGUGUGGAUGGUUGUUUGUGGACACGUGCGAGUUGUCCACAGUGUACCACGCCUCUCAGCCAAAUACACUUGGACAAGGCUUAAGCUCUCCCGCGAUCCUAAUAAGGAGAAAUGCUCAAGAAAAUGGAUGGAGCCUUCACUAUUUUACAGACUUUUACAUUGACAUAUGUCCUUUUGUAAUUGAGUAACGUUGCUCUUGUAAUAUUCCAACUUUAUUCUUGUCAUUUUCCAAUUUUGUAAAAAAAAUUCUUUUUUUUCCUUUUUAAAUGUUGCCAUAGUCGGGAAUAUAAUAGGAAAGCUCUCCCCCCCUUUCCACAAAUGGGUGCUGUGUCGAGUCAUUGCCAAACCAGAUGUGCGCAAGAGUAGCAAAGCGCACAGCUGCUCCGUGCUGACACAGUAGGUCAUAUAUUGUCUUUUGAAGCUUCACAUUUCAUGAGGUACCACCUGCUACUACGAGCCAACAACGGAUUGAACCGGUGCCAUCACCCCCGUGUUCCAAGUGCUAACUGGGAACAGUGUUUGGGGGGUGUAUAACCCCACCAGGAAGAAAGUGAAACUUUUUUUAACAUUAAUUUUCUUACCUCCAUAUGGUACCUUCAGAACCUGAUGUUGGGUUAAAAUAAUGCAAUCAGCAGCAUUGUACGGACUGUUACAUUUAACAGUCGGUAUCAGAUUCACCAAAUAUACUUUCUUAGCAACCGCACAUAUAGGUGCAUAAUGCAACACAGCGGACUUUUUAUUGUUACGUCAAGUCUGCAUGAUACCCGGUGGUUCAACGGUUUAGUCAGAAGUACUCGUGAAGAUAUGAAAUUGUAUGAUGAUUGGUAGCGGCUUCGGGAUCAGAUUCUCAGAGUCGAUUCUGUGAAAGCGAAGUAACAAGGAUGGAUAGUGCCUUCUAACUGUAGACAAUAGUACAGAUGCAUUCCAAAGCUUUGCUAACAUUUAUACAAAGCAUUACUAAAUACAUGACUCAAAUAAUAACAAACUUCCGUAUUUGUUUGCGGACUAACUAUGAAUACGCUACUGGGCUUUUCUUAUGUUGUGUAAACUAUUCCUAUAAGUUCUGCAUAUGACAUGAAGAAUAACUUUAUAUUACAUUGGGGAAUGCAUUUGGCUUUUUUUCUUUCUUAAGUAGCAGAUGUCAGAGAUGCUGUAAAAGAGCUGACAAUCAAAUCAAGGCGCUCUCGUAAAAAGCAGCUGUUUGGGGGAGGGAUGCUGGAGGGAACGAAAUUCAAUCAAUCCUGAGCGAAAGGAUCAACAUUGAAUUUUUUUUUUUUUAAACACAUUUGUCUCCAUGACCUUUUGGCCCCUUGGCAACAUUCAAGCACCCCUUCACCCCCACCCUCCUUCUCUCCUCUAUGGAUCUAUGUUUGUUCGACCAGUACUGUGAGAUAUUUGCGUUUGAACAAUUGCUGUCUUUUUCUGCCCCUCUCAAACGACUGCAUUUCAACCUGAGGUUGCCGUGUUGUUGUUUUUUUUUUGUUUGUGUAUUUGUUUGGUUGGUUGGUUUUUUCAGUGCGUGCCGGUGACAAUCAGGAGAUAUUGUGAAAACACUGUGUACCUCCAGACACUCUUGGACAUCCCUUCAGCCACUGUUUCGACACCUUUCUACCUCAAUGACUUUGACACGCUGGGGGGGGGGGGGGGGGGGGGGCUGGAGGGGGGAGAAAACCCCUGGAUGAUCAUGAUAUUGAUUACGUUAGCCCUCCACUAAUGACCACGGACAAUCAGAUAUCAGCUAAUCUGGACUUUCUUCUUGAUUUGUUGCCAUUGCCUUGUGGAAAGUAAAGGAAGUUUGUGGUAAGAGCACCCCGUCGUGGAAAUGUUUUGUAGUUGAACCCGCCAAGUGGUUGAAUAUCUUUACAAUGUUUUCUUUGUUUGGAUUCAAAAACUUUGGAAAGGAGCAUUGAAAGUGUUGAUCUCAGAUGUGUUAAGAUUGACUCUGAAAUGGUCACACUUCAUUCUUGCUUUUUCCCCACAGCUCUUGUCAAGCGGGAUUCUCCAUGUAAAAUGCAUUUUUUUGGGGGGGGGGGUCUUAACUCGGCAAAGAAAUGUUAUUUCAUUUUUCCCCCUUAAUUAAUGCAGUUCAUUUGGAUUGAAUGCAGUCUCUAGUGCAUCUACACGUUUGUGUAGAUUGGACAAUUUCACUUUAUCCACAUGCUCACUGUGUAUAAAAAUAUCAUACUUAACGAACUUGAACUAUUGCUGCUGUCAAUCCCUUCAUGGCCCAUUCACCACCAUUUUUAAUGGGUGCGAAUGCUUCUGGAACAUCAACGCUGCCUCCGUCUCGGAUCAGGUGGACUGCAGACAAUGAAGAUAACAAAGUAAGAAGAUGCCUUCUGCUGUGACAAUUGUAUGAAUCAACAUGUAUUAUUAAGAUUCAUGGAGUAGAAUAUUUCUGAAAUAUGGCUUUUUAGGGCGAUGAAUUAUAUCACGUACGUUUGUUUUUGCUAUUUCUUUGCUUUUUUUCUUAAUGCUGUUGCAAACCAGCACGCAGAGAUUACAUUUGAGAGCAGAUUUAUUACCUUAAGGAUGAUGCCGAUAUUGGAAGAGAAUGAUAAUAAUGUGACGAUUUUAGGGGAGCUUGUGUGCUCCUCAAGUCUUCAGCUAACUUCAGAACUUCGGGAAGCGAGGCGUUGUGCCUUGACUCUGAAAACUUCUCAGGAAAAUCUACCUCUACCUCCAUUUGGAUGUAUUCACCCCAGUUGGGUGUCAAGUUCCAGUUUAGUGGGUGCACAGAGAGGGCAUGUUACAGCCCAACUUCUGCUGAUGCAAUAGCAGAGAUCCCACUGCUCAACAGUACUGCUUCUAGAGUACCACUGUUAGCACCACAAGUAGUCUUCAGUACGUUCACUCAAUAUGUGCUUUUUCCUUCUUUAUCUAUAGGCUACAAACAUGAUUUUAAUGAAUGGGAUGUGUUCUAAUAACCUUGGUGACAGUGCUGUGGGAAGGCAAUGACGCAUUUUUGUUUUCUCUCUCUUUUUUGAAUGGUGAAAAGUUAUUCUUGCCUAUUUACUCAAUAUGUGUUUGUGUGAAUACUUUAAAAUUGAAUUUGAAAUUAAUAAAAUAUCAGCUUUCUUAAAUGUCA